AUGCAAUUCAUGGGUGUCAAAGCAUACAAGUUCCCACUCGUCAAGUACUACUGGCCAUUCUUCGCAGGUUUCGGUAUCACCACUGUCUUAAUCUCUAAGGCUGCUUCUGCUCUUGCCGACACCGAAGAAUACAUUAACGAUCCAAGAAACCCAAGAUUCGCUAAUGGUGAAGUUGAAUUGAAAUAA